CUGAUUGUUACCUUUUUCUUUCCAUUACACCUUAUCAUUAAUUACCAAGUUACCUUCUUCCUUUAAUAACAAUCAAACUAUUACAAUCAGUGUAGAGCAAUCAACUAAUAACAUCGUGUGAUCUUCCAAUCAAUUUAAAUCUAACGAAAUGACGCUUUGGGACUUUGCCACCCCAGAUGCUGCUCUUCCUUGUUUCAAGUAUUUCAUUUUUGGAUUUAAUUUCGUCACUUGGUGUCUUGGAGCAGCUUUACUAACCAUUGGAAUCAUAAUCAGGACGGACGACACUUUGUAUGAAUACACGAAAGCGCUUGAGAUUCAACGUUACUACAUUUCGACCUACCUUUGUAUGGGCAUCGGCGUUUUAAUCAUCAUCAUUUCAUUCAUCGGGUGUCUUGGUGCUGCCGUUGAGAGUCCAUGUCUUCUUGCAUUUUAUGUCUUUGUAACGGGCAUUUGUAUGGCCUUGGAGGUCGCUUGUUGUGUCAUGGUUUGGAAAACCGCUGGAGGCGAAGCUCUUCAAUCAGAAUUAACUGAGCAAAUGUUAAAUCACAUUCGCAUGUAUAAUUCAAACCUUGAUUCUAAGCGAUUUAUGGAUUUAAUUCAGUAUCGACUCGAGUGUUGUGGUGCCCGUGAUCGUUUAGAUUAUGAUAAAUAUUCACUUGAUGAUCCACCUUCGUGUUCAUCAGAAAGGACAAAUAAUAUCAACAUCAGGAGUUGCGGUGAGAAUCUACGUCGAUAUUUGGAGAAACGAGGUGGGGCCAUUGGCGGUGUUUCCAUGGGACUAUUGUUACUACAUCUUUUCUCACUCGGAUUCAAUAGUUGUCUAUUCUGGGGACUUCAUCAACAAUCCCGUUAUCGUUAUUAAUCAACCCUCUGGAAGAGCAAUUUGAUUAGUUAAUAGAUUAUAAUGGAAAAUACCAAUCAUCUAAUUCAACUUUGCGACUUUUGAUUUCAUUUCAUUGAUUAGCUUUUCGAGAAAUUUAUUCACAAUUUAUCAUUUCUUUUUUUUUCUCGAUUCACUUUAAAUCAACAUUAACAAAACGAUUCGUUUUUUUUGUAUUAAUCAAAAUUUAAGAUCAUCUUUUUUUUGAACAAUUAAAGAAACUUUUUUUUCACUUCGA